GUACCAUAAAACAAUUCCUCAAAGACACAAAAGUCGUACAUCGGAGAGACUUGUUCAGGUUGUCCAUGGAGUCCUCCUCAUCAUCUUCUUAUUCAAAAUAUUCACUCUCUCCUUGGGAUUACCUCACGCUAUUCCUUCUCCGCCCGGUCCUCGCAAUCGUAUUUGUGCUCUCCCUGAUUUCUAUCGGUUGGUGGUUGGCGUGGAAGCUAGUUCUGGUUCACGUUCCUCUGGUGCAAGAGAUAUUCGGCUUGCGAAAGAAACCCUUCAAGCCGAAACCCCCGACACGUAGGCUAUCUAAGAUUUACAGUAGCAUGAAUGCCCAGAAUUCUUCUUCUCGAUGAAAAUAAAAACAGCUCUGGAUGGAAGGGGGAGCAAACUACUGAUUCUUUGCAUGUCCUGAUGAUGGGCAAGUGGACGAAACGAAACCAUUGACGCUCUAAUCCAAUGAACAUCAUAUAGACUUCAGAGCAUUGGAUUCGGUUGAUUGUAAUAUAUAGAUGUUGUAUACAAAAUUUGUAAUCUCUUGUAAGCAAACUGUGAUGGAAAACAAUCACAAUUAUUUACGAAAUUAAUUUAGUUAGUGGAAUCUUAUCGUCCAUGUCAAA